CAACCUAACAACUGUUCAGCGUGACCUGGAUGUUGAUCAAGUGCUAUUUAGUACACCUUCCAGCUGGGUCAUUUGUUUUACAUUCCUUUAUUAAACACAAGAUCGCUUCUUUUUGACCCCUUGAGCCCCUCCUUUUCUGCUGCCAGUUUCCCCUUCUUUGCGACUGGCGAAAGCCUCUUACAGCGACGCACUUGACACGGACGAGCCAAGUACAUCGAGACACCAUCCUAGAGGGAACCAAACGCAACCAUGGCGCUCAUAUCUGCCAAAACGAUCAUAACAUCCGUCUCACUUUUCCAUAUUACCCUCGCAUACUUCUUCAUCACCAAUCCAAGCUCCAUCAAUGAGCAAGCGCUGGUCUUCAUGCUGGGAGAAAGCAUGGGAAUGCCUCUAGCAAGAGGGUUUGAACUGCAAAGUCCUCCACUCGCAUUCCUCGCCGCUGUCCUCGUCUUCGUUGGCUUUAGUGAUCUGGUAUCCCUAUCCAUGCCCGAUGAAGUCUGCCUCAUCUUCCACUGGGGUACACAAGCUCCCCUGCGAUCGUUCCUCUCCCUCGGUUUCGUCGUCUACAUAUUCCUGUUUGGUCCAUCGUCUCCCAUGUACGACAAGUCCUCUCGCAGCCACCUGUCGCAUCCGAGCUCGUAUAACCCAUCAUAUCGCCCUGCUGGCUGGGGCGGCGACAUGCUAAAGAACCGCCUAUUCUUCACAUUCAUCUUCAUUGAAACAAUGACAUGGUUCUGGGUUUGGAUCACGUUACGCGAAGAGCGAGAGGUGAUACUGAACAAGAAGUCUCGAAGACGAAGCCACUCGCACUCUUUCUAGGAGAUUGGCUGUUUUCACAAAUAUUUAGUUAGUAUCACUGAGCGAUUGUUGGAAGGUGUUCUUUGGACGAGACAACGAAACACUCGAAAGAAUUAGAUACUCAAAAUUAUUUACGCGACUCACGCAAGGGCUAUGGAGCUUGCAGAAAGACCGAACAAGCCAAGAAACAAAGUGAAUGGCUGAUAGAUUCUCAUCUAGAACAAGUUACUAAGACAAGCAAGGCUGGCUGAUUUGCAAACGCAUAAAUAAUAGUCUGUUAAGCUCUAUCGUUCCAUGAUCGUAUAUAACAAAAAGAGGUAUCCAUAAGGGGCUAUGCGCCAUUCGAUGUUUCGACGAAUGAUGCCAAAGCUGAAGAAUCGGAGACGAAUAAAAACAGAAACAGAAACAGAAACAGCGUUGUACCGCAGAGCUUUGGGACCCUGUAAUGAAGCGAUUCCAACACUGUCGUCCAGGAAAUUAUCUAGUAUAAUUCGUCAAGUCGUUGAACUGCUUUCUAACGGAGAAUUUUCAUCAAGUCGCAGGUGCCUUCCCCGCAGUGGCCGUGGACGGGCCUUCUGACUUGUUUUGAAUGAUGGUUGGCGCUGGUUCUAGGCUCGGCUGAGGCUCAUUCUCUUCAAAGAUCUGCUCCUCGAUCCGCUCCCCCGGGCCACCUAUCACCGGACUAAAAACAUCAACUUCUUCGACAUCGUCGUCGUCGUCGUCUUCGGACCCCUCGUCUUCUUCUUGAAUCGUGAUUUCUCCAGAUCGGCGUCCCAGGCCAGAGGCACUAGCGCUGCGGGAAUGCGAACCGGAGCCACUGUUGCGUUGGCUUUGAGAGGGCCCACCAAAAUUGUUUAGUGUCGGGCCCUUGAACAAAUUCCGUUUCCGCUUGGCGAACAUGAUGCCUGAUGCAAAAGGGUUAGGCGAACCUGGAGCUUGUGGGGGACCUUCGGAUGGCAUGCCUUCAUUGAACAUAUUCAGAGUCGGCGGAGUCGCUCGCACGAGACGAAUAUUGGAUGGGAAGGCAUGCGACGUGGGUGUUGCUGGAAGCACCUUGACUGAGUGGUGUGGUGAAUGCCCUCGUUGAAGAGGUGUCUUGGACAUCGAAGUAGAGAACGAAGCAGCGGAGCUCGUAGACGACGCCUUGGAAUGCGAGUGAUGGUGAUGAUGGAUGGAUCGAACAGAGGAUACCGAGGAUGAUGUCGACUUUCGGCCCCGAAGUCCAGCUGACGACCGCCUGACAGUCGAUCUCGGUGUAAGAGGAGAAGGAGACAAUGACUGUCGUUUGUACGAUGUUGCGAUCCGAGGUGGCGGAAUUGUUGGUGACGCCAGGCUUCCCGAUGCCGUUCGCUGGGUACUGCUCCCAGCCUGAUAGGUCUUCUGGCCGUUAGCCACGACUCCCUUCGGCA